AUGGAUGAUUUCAACUUGGAAGAUGCUUUUCAACCUGAUGAACCCAAGCCAGGUCCACCUGCAAAUCCUAGAGACACUGAUAACCCCAAGCAUGUCAAUCCUAAUCCCAAGGACAAUCCUAAAGACACUGGCGGCUUUGAUGAUUCAGAUCUGUAUGAUGGCAGUUUACCAAAAGGAGGAGGCGAUGUUUCUGAGGGAGCAAUAGCCGGAAUUGUAAGUGCUGUGUUUGCUACUGUAGUUGGAGCAGUAUCUAGUUUCAUUGCUUACCAGAAGAAGAAACUCUGCUUCAAACAAAGCGAUGAAGAGAAUGUGGAUAUGGAUAGCCAUCGGGGAGCGCGAUCUGAGCCACCUGUUCAGCGCACACUUCUGGAGGACUGAAUUAAAGCACGAUGAAGAACAGACCAUUGAAACUGGAUAGAGAGCCUGCGUUCUGCCUGAAAGAAAAAAAAGAUGAAACAAACCAAAAAAAAAGCAUAAUAUAAAAGCAGAGUCUGAAGUUGCAUGAGAAAACAGUUCUUGUUUAAAACACCUCUGGGAAUGUGACUUAGACCUGAGUUGUUCUGUAUGGUUAGCCCUGUGAAGCAUUUUUGCACACCAGUAUAAUGGCCUUAAUGACAGGAGAGUAGAAGUAUGUUGUGCCUUUACAUUCUUUCCUGUACAGAUGGGUGUGUCUCAAGUGCAUUCAGUACCUUAAAACUUUUCCUUACCUCUAAAAACAAUAAGCAAUUAAUGUUUUGUUACACCAUUGCUCUCAGGCAGUGCGAACAUUUUUGUAAUACCCUGUACGCAGUGAGUGUACUGACCAAACAACUCAGUACGUGGCGUGGGCACCCAAAAAUAAAGGGCUCACUGCGUGGGGAUAAUGGGUCUGGGUGUGGGUGCUGCGGGUACAAUCUGUGGAGCUGCCUGGGUCAACCACCAGGGGAGAGAUCCUUUGUUCUUGAGCAUCUGAGACAAAAAAAUCAGAGUUCUGUUUUUGCAUUUAUUUUUAGUUGCGUCUGUCUGGUACAGAUUCAGAACACCAAACUGAUGCAGAACACCCAAACCCUUCAGCCUUCCUGCUUAGCAAGUACUGAGCUGGUCAAAUGUGGAAAAGCCUGAUUUGCAAAUCAGAACCAUAAUUGGAUUUUAUACAUCUGGUGAGAUUGAUGUUUGGCAGUUCUCUGAACAGUUGUGGAUGAAGUGCUGGGGAAUGGGAAUUAAUAUCUUCAGACUCCCAUAACCAAAAAUUUAAAAGAAAAUAAUGUGAUACUUUGAAUUCAGAAGGCUUAUCAUAAACGCUUAAAAGGCAAAAAAAAAGUAUAACAAUUUGAAAGUAUGUAAUAGCAAACUGACCAGAACAACCCGGCCUCAUUCCACAAGCAUCCAUCGAAUGGUAUAAAUGGCAUAUGUGUAAAGAAUGCUUUUGGAUUUGUGAAGGAUUGCCAUUGGGAUGAAGACCAUCCUCAACUUAAAGCACUUCUGAGCUUUGCUGUAGCUCUUGAAAGCCACAGGAAGGUUUCAAGAAUCUGUGGAAACAUGGAAAACUAAGGACUAAAUCUGGAAUAAUAACUAGUUCUGUCUGGAAGGAAUAGUCUGACCAGUUCUGUUGGCUUUCAUUCUAAUUUUCAUUCUAGAAACAACUCUAAAAUUGUUUCCAAUUUUCAUGCAAUUUUACAGUACGCGUCUUACUAAUGUGCUUCAGCCACCUGGCAAAGUUCUGCAGAAAGAAGGCAUUUCAUGGAACAUCUUAGAAGUCAUUAUAAAUUUGAAUAUUAAACAUGUAAAUAUAUCUGUGCAUUCAAAUAUGAAUGUAUGCCAAGGAUAAUUCAUUUAAGAAUUUCUUGUACAUGUUUCUUAGCUUGCAACAAAGCUUUACAUAGACUUUAGUAUUUUGUUAUGGAAUUAAAUUGUCUUUUUGCCCCACUUCUGCUUCUGGUAUAAAAGUGCUAAAACCUUUAAGUGUGUUUGAGGGUGGAAUUGAUUUUUAUAUAAACGUUUGAUCUCUGUAAAUAUGAAGAAAUGAAAUGACUACUUACCUACAUGAAUAAACAGGUUAUCUCGUAUCA